UUUUUUUUGGAAAGCAGAUUUCAGACCAAACCUUUUUUUUUGGAAAGCAGAUUUCAGACCAAACCUUGAUUUGGAACCCCAGACUUCAUACCAUCUAUCUUUCUGCACUAAAGCUAGCUAGCUUAGUACACUGAAUGGCGUAUGUUGUUGUAACUUCUUUACUGGGAAUAGUAGAUCACCAACUUCUGAAACGCCAUCCACCAAUUCUUGAUGAUACACAGAUAGCGAAAUCCUUGUCUGAGAAGCUGGGCUUUGUCCAAGCCAUUCUAUCAGCCAAAAAAACCAUAAAUCAAGAACUAGAGGCAAAAAUCAGAGACAUAGCUGUUGAAGCAGAGGCUGAAAUUGAGUCACAACUCGGAGCGGUUUACUUGGCCAAUGAAGAUUCUGUAGCUGAGGCUUCUGAUGGGCUUCACCAGAUCUUGAGAAAAGUGUUAAAAGAUAUCGACUCACUUGAAGUCAGGAUCCAAAAUGAAAAGGAAAACAACCCUGGGAAUAAAAUGAUAGGAUGCGAGGAUGAAUUUGGGAAAAUAAUGAGCAUGGUCGUUGGUCACCGGUCUUAUAAUAAAGAUCGGAUAGUCAUCCCAAUUACAGGCAUGGGUGGCAUUGGAAAGACAACACUAGCUAAAAAAGUCUACAACGAUCCACUUAUUAUGUCUCACUUCGAGAUUCGAGCAUGGACAGUUGUGUCUCAAGAAUAUCAGCUUAAAGAGAUGCUCAUACACCUUUUACAUUGCACCAAUCCGAAAACCAUCAAACUUUACAGCGAGGAUUGUGGUAAGCUAAAAGAAGAACUGCGCAAAAGUUUGUUGGGCAGAAGGUAUUUGCUUGUCAUAGAUGACAUAUGGAGCCAUGAGGCAUGGGAUGAAAUCAUUAGAUGUUUUCCGGACAAUAUCAAUGGAAGUCGAAUCCUGAUCACUACACGAGAGAAAGCUGUGGCUAAAUAUGCAAUACAAUCAAGUAAGGGUAGGUAUAUUCAUUCCUCACGUUUUCUAGACACACAGGAAAGUUGGGAUCUAUUUGAGACAAAGGUGUUUGGGAGAAAACAUUCCUGCAAGCCUAAGUUUGAGCCAAUUGGAAGAUGUAUUGUUAAUAAAUGCCAAGGAUUGCCACUUGCCAUUAUUGUGAUAGCAGGAGUUCUAGCUGCACUGGACGACAAGUCACCCAAAGCCUGGCAAGAUGUUUUUGAAAAUAUGAACUCAUCAUUCGAUCCUGAUAAGAAGCUUUUAGGAAUGCUCUCUUUGAGCUACAACUAUUUGCCUAGUCACUUGAAAGCUUGUUUAAUUUAUUUGGGAGUUUUUCUCGAAGACAGUGACAUUCCUGUUAGCAAAUUGAUCAACUUAUGGGUUGCAGAAGGAUUUUUAAAGGAAGACGGGGAUAAGAAUUUGGAACAAGUGGCGGAGAGUUACUUGCAUGAUCUCAUUAAUCGAAAUCUAGUUCAAGUUAGCAAGCAAAGCAUAGAUGGCAAACUGAAGUCGUGUAAGCUUCAUGAUAUGUUGUAUGACUUGUGCAGGAAAGAAGCUGAAAGGGAAAAUUUUUUGAGUGUUGAAAAGAAAUUACAAUCUAGAGACACCAGAGAUUGUCGUUGGAUCAGCGGCACAUCUACUCGCUGGCCUACUUCUCAUAAAGUUCAUUCCAUUCUGUACUUUGGUAAGGAUGUACACCUUGCAAAGUCCAUGUUGGUAUUUUCAGGCUUGAAGAUGUUGAGAGUAUUGGACUUAUCAUUAAUAAAAUGUUGGUACGGCUUGCCUAUUGAACUAGAGGAUUUGGUUCACUUGCGAUACUUGUCUUUAUCUGCUUUAGGCUCUAUUGCUAACUUUAAGCUGAUUAAGCUUCGAAAUUUGCAAACUCUCAUUUUUCGCUCAUGGAAGAAAGGAUGUCGUUUGCAAUUGCCUCGAGAUAUUUUGGAAUUGCCAUGGUUAAGGCACGUACACAUUGACAAGAUAUCUUCGCUAUAUCUGCCACAACAGGUUCAAGAAAAUCUGCAGACUCUUCUUUGGUUGAAAGUUAUUGGCAAAGACUCAAGAACAACGGACUUUACAAAAGUUCCAAAGUUGAAGGAACUAUGGGUUUACAUUGACAAUGAACUGCUGCCUAGUGCUUUUGACAGUCUUGUCAAGUUGAAUUUGCUUGAGAAAUUAAAAAUUGAAAUGAGAAGUGUUAAGCGCUUUUAUUUUCCAACUUCUCUUCCAGAAAACCUCAAAAAGUUGACUCUUCGAAGUACUUAUCUUCCGUGGAAGGACAUGGAUAUUAUUAGAAGCAUGCAAAACCUCGAGGUUCUCAAGCUGAAAAAUUUCGCAUUCUACGGUCCAGAGUGGAAACUAGAAGAUGGUUUGUUUCCUAAAGUAAAGCACCUUGUCAUUGCACAUUCAAAUCUCAAAUGUUGGAAUGCAGAUGCUGAGAAUUUCCCCAAGCUGGAGUGCCUAAUCCUGAAAUUUUGCUGGGACUUGAAAAAACUUCCAAUUUACGCUUUUUCAAAUGCACUGCGACUAAUAGAGAUAGACAGUUGUUAUCCUUCCCUCGUGAAAUCUGCAGAGGAAAUGCAAAAAGAGCAACAAGAGCUUGGCAAUGAUGCGUUUGUUAUUCGUGAUCUUGGAGCUAAGAUUGGGUUGCCAUACAACGAAAACUCUGAAGAAGAGAAUGAAAGCUGUGAAUAAGUAAAAACUGCUUGCAGGCAAGAUACCAUUUGAUCUGUCAAAAUUUGUACAGGUAGAAGAAGAAGAAUUCACGUUUGUUGAGGUCUUGCAAUGGCAGAUGAUUCCUCAAGAAGCUGCAAGUUCAUUAGGAGCGCGCAAAUUUCUUUCUAAUCUUGUCUUGAUUGUUGAAGUCCUGUGUGUUUUUCUCUGCUGUUCUUGAAUUUUCACACUCUCUUGUUACAGAUGUUCAUUGUGAUUGUUAUCUAUAUUGCUAGGGACAUCGAAAUUACACACUGAUGUUCAAAUUCCAUAUCUCCAGAAUUAGUUGGUGUAUAUUAGAACCAAGAUUGAAGAUCAUUCCCACUAUUUCAUAAAUCUUUGAUUUUG